GCGGCAUAAACAAGACGAACGUCAGUCGAGCUCAAUAAAAGAAAAGCAGAGCUCAACUGUGUCGUAUAUGUUGUUGUGCAGGAUGUCUUCCUCGAACGUUAUAAAUCUUUACAGAACAUGGAGUGGAGUCCAACAACCCGCUGGCAAGGAGCGAACCGAGUCCGCUGGACUCGGCUGGAGAAUCCAGUAUGUGACGGGAGACCUUUUCUCCUGUCCCCGGGACGAGGCCUUGGCUCACUGCAUCAGCGAAGACUGCCGCAUGGGGGCAGGCAUAGCUGUGCUGUUCAAGCAGAAGUUCAAAGGCGUGGAGAGGUUGAAGGAGCAGAAGAAGGUGCCGGGCCAGUGUGCUGUCCUGCAGCGUGACGGACGGUUCGUCUACUACCUGGUCACGAAGAAGAGAGCCAGCCAAAAACCCACUUACGACAGCCUGACGCGGAGCCUGGAGGACAUGAAGUCUCACUGUCUGCGCAACGAAGUGACAAAAAUAUCAAUGCCUCGCAUCGGCUGUGGCCUGGAUCGACUGGAGUGGAGGAGAGUGGCGGUGAUUCUGGAGCAGGUGUUCAAACACACCAACAUUUCCAUCACAGUCUACAGUCUUCCAGCCAAAGCACAGACCGCGGUGAUGAAGGAAAACUGGCGCAGAUGAUGGACGGAAGUGUGUGUUUCCUUUGGUUUUGCACUUUUUUUUCUUUCUUUCUGUUUUGUUGACAGAAUGUAGAUAAUUCACACAGACUUUCUAUUUUUUAUACCAUAGUAAACGUUAGUUCACUUUCUGUAAAAAUAUAACUUCUCUUCUUUUAUCAUUAAAGUUUCUUCCUCUGAUCUAA